UCUGUCUGACAUAACGGAUGAGGUAAAAUAAGUCAACUCCUUGAGAUAAAAAUUCCUGCAUAGAAGUGACUUUGUACAUUUGCCUAAUGUCACAUUACCUUACUUUUCACUUAUGUCUUAAAUAAUGAUUUAUCACAACUGUUAUAACAAUGAAGUUUUACCUGUAUCUUCACUUAAAGAUAUAGGUUUGAUGUCUACCUGACAGUUUUAGCUUCUAUCUCACACAGGAUGUUUUGAAAGCCAUCAUCCGGUUGAGGUGGGAUCAUAUGAAGAAAGAAGGACUACCGCGAAACAUCAGAAGCUUGAAGGUUCAAAGUAUCAAUGCCCAGGUCGAGAAAAUAAGAGAAGAGCUAGAUGAGAAGGUUAAAAUAUUAUUUCAGGGAGACAGCAUUGUUCCUAACUAUAACUGGUUCAUGAUCAUCGGAAAAUGCAUACAUGAGACAGGAGAUGAUGCUCUGAAAGAGAUGGGAAAAGUAAUCGGACAUCGGCUGGACAAAAUCCUACUGGCAGACAUGGAGAGGAAGUACAACAGGCAGACUCCUAUCCAACACGUGGCACGCUUCGAAAAACGCGUCCUGGGCAGAGCCCUGCAUCCUCGAGGGGAAAAUGACCCCGCCGUGACCCCAGUGUUGCUGCGCCUGUACUGGCUGCAGCAGGAAGAGAGCCUCGACUACAUAAUGCAGCUGUUUAAGGAUAAACCAUCCGCUUUCAAAGUCAGCUUUUUCUACGAGAAAAAGCUUCGAUACUUUCUCAGUGGAAGGGGCGUUCCCGCUCGACUGCAGACGAAGGCUCGAAGCUUCCUGAAAGAUUUGGAAGCCGCGGGACUAGUAGACAGGCCGCCCCGUCGAAGGUAUUUUCAUUAUGACAAUGAAUAAUACUAAGCAGCGAAGAUAAGACAUCUGAAACUGGCUUAUCAUACCUUUAAUUAUUAAACUGAAACACCACACCUGUGACUAUCAAACUGAGACAGCAAACCGGUGUCCCGACCACUAAGACUAAAGCUACGACUGAAGCUCCGACCAUCUCUGACACAACAACCACAACCCUGAUUGCAGCCUGAUGACAGAUUAUAGCUUUUAUGUGUUAAAUAUGACUUUUUGUCUAAAAAAACUUAAUGUUCUUUCAAAAAAACAACUACAUGAGAAAUGAGUACCCGAGGGACGUGUCCUCGCUGACCAAGCUGAAUGGGGCAGUUCUGUUUUUCUUUUGUUCACUGCCUGUCCUGGUUUAUAAUCCUCAGAUUGUGGCUUUCUGCCUUUUUUUCUUUUUGAAUGGACAGAUGAGAUUGAAUUUUUCGUUCACCAACUCACCCCAUAUUUUAUCACUUCCUUUGCCAGCCAUGAUUUGAAACACUCAUUGAAGUUUGAAGAAUUUUCGUGCAUCCAGUGCAACUGUAUGGACCUACAUGUUUUGAUUGUGUACUCGUCAUUGUGUUGAAUUGUUUACUUGCCUGCUGCCUUCAGUUUAUCAUUUACCGUUUCAACUAUUCUUUGGUCAGUCUUGUAACGCCGUGAGUUACUUCCUUUUUCCUCAUUGCGAUGAACAUUAUAUCAUUUCAAUUCGUGUUUUAACAUUUCAAUUUUUCUCUGCUGAAAGGGGAACAUGUAGAUAUCAGCAAUCUUAGGAUUCUAUCUCAGUUGUUGAUUAUGAUAGGUUUAUUGUACUGUUGACAACUGAGACCCAUCAACAUCUUGGUCUAAGAACAGGAUGUCUUCUUCAGAACAAGCCUGGCAUUUCAUUAUCUCAUAAAUCAUUUUUAUCAAUCAUCGUUUUUUUUUUAAAGCGCCACGAACGUGUCCAGAGCGCUGGAAUAAGCCAUUCUUCCUUGAAUUAUGCUUUUUUAUUUAUACAUCUGGCUGUGUAAUUUAGCUUUGCAGCAUUUUAAACAUAACAGCAUGAUUUGAUCUUUUUUAUUCUAGAUAAUUUUGAGUGAUGUCAGAAUAGUGAUUUUUUUUGUUUACCUGAAGACCGAUCUUCUCUUGGGGCCGAGAUCAUGAUCCUGUUGUGGUAGAGUGCUACAAAGAUGUACAUCGUCAUUAUUAUUAUUAUGUUUAUUAUGAGUAGUAGUAAUUAUACCCUAUACAUCGAGAGAUAACUAUAAAAUUCCUUUGUCUAUCGCGAACCGUCAAUCCAAACACACAUUUAGAUAUCUCUUGUGGAUUACAAAGGUCUAACUAAACAUAUCUAGCCUUCCUUAUUUAUCAGAAAACGAAUAUACAUGCUAAUGUAAUACUAUAUUUUUAUU